GCCGAAAGGGCACUCUUCUGUGAAUGGAGGAGUGAAAUGAAUUAGCAAUGGCAGCCUGCACACUUUUCAUUGCAAUAUCACAAGCUAAUCGGUUGAUAUCCAGAAAGACUCUUAAUUUUGUUGAAUAUCCGAUAUGUAAUGUCAGUCAUUAUGCAAACAAAAAACUGAAAAGAAAGAAAUUUCCAAAACCUAAAAGAGAAGUAGAGUUGUCACAAAAGCCGAGGAGAAACAUUGGCGUAGAACUAGAAGAUGAUGUUGAUGGGGGCAGUAGGAAAGAUGGUACAGGGAGGAAAAAGGAUUUUUUAGUGGACAGGCUUCAUGUGUUCAUGAGGGGAGGUACAGGGGGUCAUGGUUUGGCUCGGUAUGGGGGAAUUGGAGGGAAUGGUGGAAGUGUGAUUGUCAAAGCCUCAAAAACAGUCACACUGGAAAACAUAAAGGCCAAGUACCCACAGAAACGAUUCAAAGCUGCAGACGGAAAACCAUGCAAAAAGCUUGCUCUUCUGGGAGAAAAUGGAGAUGAUUUUAUUUUGGAAGUACCGACAGGCAUUACAAUAGAGACUGGGGGUAGAAUAAUUGGUGAUUUGGAUGAAGAGGGAAAGGAAUUCCCUGUAGUGAAAGGGGGAUCAGGAGGAAAUGCCUCUAAUGGGUUCGAAGGAAUGAGGGGAGAGGCAAAAACUGUGGAUUUAAACCUGAAGCUGAUUGCAGAUAUUGGUCUUGUGGGAUUUCCAAAUGCUGGUAAAUCAACAUUUGGCUCUGCUGUGAUGCCUUCAGGUGGUUGGAAGAUUGCGGAUUAUCCAUUCACAACAAUAAAACCUAGGCUUGCCUGGAUGGAUUACCAUGAUGGUAGGAAAGUAACAGUGGCUGAUCUGCCCGGCCUUAUAGAGGGAGCCUGGGACAAUGUAGGGAUGGGGCACCGAUUUCUCAAACACAUUGAGCGCACCAAACUUCUGCUUUUCCUUGUUGACAUAAAUGGCUUUCAGCUGAAUCCCAAUUUUCCGUUCCGUGAUCCCAUUGAAACCAUACUCAUUCUGAAUAAGGAAGUAGAAUUGUAUAAACGCCACCUGGUGGAGAAGCCUGCAGUAUUGGCACUGAACAAAAUAGACUGUGAUCCAGAUGGAUCUCUGGUGAAAGACAUUGUAGAGAGAGUGAAGAAAUUACCAGAAAAUAUUUCGAGCUUUCCUGAAGAGCUGCGGCCCGAUAAUUUGAUACAGUUCGAGGACAUUGUUACGAUUUCCACCAAAGAAGGGACAAAUAUCUUACAGACAAUACUGAAGUUACGCGACAUUCUCGACAAUCAUUUUGCUGAAGAAAUGGAAUAUCCUCUCGAGAAAUGGAAGCAUGAUCUAACAGAACACAGGAAAAUAAAUGAAACAAGGUAGCACUCAUCGGGGGAGGGGGAAAUAAUGGGAAAUAGCCUUGCAAAUAUCUAUUGCUUAUGCAUGUACAGUUGUCUCCUUGUCUAGUCAACUGUCCAUUUUUUUGGUCUUUAAAAAGUAUAACAAAUUGUUUUUUCUUUCACAGAUUGUAAAAAAUGAAACUAUGCACCUAAUUGAUUUAAUUCAUAGAUAGACUUCUACAAUCCUUGCAUCACAAUUUAUGGAUUAGGCAAAAACAAGGUCAAUGAGCAAAUUUAGCAUUGUUUAACUUUAAGAUUAUGUAUUGCACAUUCUGAAAUCCUGUAAGCUUGAAGCAAAGGUGUGCAAUUGGAUUGUUUUUGAGAAUUUGACCUGUUAUAUCUGUUUUCUUGAUAAAACACCAGUGUUCAUUUAUUCCAUCUUUUUAUACACCUGUCAAAGACUGGAGAAUAUUAUAGUAUGGCGUCAUCCAUCCCUCUGUCUGUCCGGACCUUGUAGGCAAAUACAAUGUGAACUGUAAUCUCCAGGAUCAUACAACUUGGUAUAUUUAAUCGUCAUGAGAGAAAAAUUGCCUAUUGUUUCUCAAGGUCAAAGGUUAAGGUCGUAAUAUCACUUUGUACAUGUAGGUAGGAUACAAACCUUACUGUAAGGUAUAUUUGAUCUGUUUCUCAAGGUCAAGGUCCUAGGAUCACUUAGUAGGAAAACCAUGUAGGCAGGAUACAAAUCAAACCGUAAGCUCCAGGAUCUUACAACUUGGUACAUUUGAUCACCAUGAUAAGAGGAAAAUGCUUAUUGUUUAUCAAGGUCAUAGUAUCACUUAUUAUGAAAACCUUGUAGGCAGAAUACAGACGGAAUUAUUGGGGCUAGGACUGUCAAACUUGGUAUACAUACUCCUCAUGCCAAGUGGAGGAAAUUUUGUAGGGAGGAUACAGACCAAACCAUUGGGGCCAGGAACUUCAAACUUAGUACGCAUACACCUUCUGCCAAGCGGGGGAUGCCUAUUGUUUCUCAUGGUCAAGGUCAAAGUAUCACUUGUUGAAAAACCUUUUUUUUGUUAUGGAUGCAGAUGUUGCCCUGAAAUUUAGUCACAAGCUUCCUCUCGGAGAAAUGUAAGUUCAGUUUGCAUUUCAGCUGGAUUGGCACCAUAACAUACUUUUUAGUAGGUCAAACAAUUUUCCAGAUUUUUUUUUUUAUGAAUAUAUAACUUGAUUGGUGUACCGUGACCUGCUUUAGGGAUUAUGUUGUACCAUUGGUGGUACUUUGUUAUCAAUUCAAAUACAAGCUCCACUUCAUCAAAUCAAUUUCCUGAAAACACAAUGUCUUUUAGAUAUCCUACAUUUGUAACUAUGUUUUAUCAACGCCUCAGUGUGUAUGUAAUCUGAGCAUAAAAUGUCUUGCCAUGCUUUAAAGAUUUGUUUAUAUCAAAAGCAAUAAUUUGAAACAUGAAAAGGUCUGUUAGAAGUUCGAUACACUUUUGAUAAGUUCUGAUUUGUUUGGGUUUUUUUUAAAUUGUUGUUAAAAAAUUUAAUCUUGUGGAGGGAAAAAAGAAGAAGUUGAGAAUGAGUAUGUGACCUUCAAGAUUUUUCUAAAGUGUUAAAACAUUUCCUGUAAAAUGUACAAACGAUAGGAUUAAGGAAGGAUAUUGUUUUAUAUGUGUGUAUAUUCUGUGAUAAAUGCAAACUUGUGGUAUGUAACUGUAAAUAAAGAAUGAAACAUAAA